CGCCCAGUGGCACGUCGCAUCAGUCCUCAGAUCUUUGCUGUCGAAGCAGCAGGCUGAGCCGCAAUGAGAGGAUCUUUGCCAUCGCCUCUCAGAGAGACGGACGUCAUCGACGUCGGCGUCAGCUCGUCACGCCAUGCAGCACAGGCCAGGAGGACACGGCAAGCCGCCGGCAGUGCACUGGUCAGAUCACUGGACAGAUCUGUCAUCGCGGCUCUCGUCUUCUGCAGCCACUGCAUCUCGGCCUUCCAGCCAAUUCUCUCCCCUCAGCAAUCGACAAGGCACUCCCUCAGCACCAGACACGCCGUCGCCGAGCGCACGCCGACCGUCAUGCCCUCGCCAACCCUGGCCCGCACGACAAUGCAGCCACGGCGGCAGCAGAGCUCUUUGACGUUUGUGGACAGUGACCUGGACAGGCUGAUAGACAUUCUGCCCGACAUGGUGCGGGGGCCGCUGCGGGCGGCGCCCGACGGGUAUGAGGGGCUGGUGGAGGUGGUCAUGGACCUGGGGAGGCGGCCUGAGGCGCGGUACCACGACCAUGCGAUGUUCUUGAGUCAACGGGCGGUGAGCUGGCAGGAUCUGGACUACGCUGUCAAGAGGCUGGGGCAGUUCAGUGGGGACAACCGAGCUGGACUCGAGAGGGCACUACACAGGUCCGUUUGUCAGUCAAUGCCCCCAAGACAUCAUGAUGUGUGUGUAUGUCUUGGCUCAUCUGUCUGUCUGUCUGUGUGGUUUGGUAUCAAUCAGGAUAAGUGCCAUCCGGAAUCGUCAGGGUGCGAUAGUUGGGCUGACGUGCCGAGUGGGUCGAGCCGUGUGGGGCACCGUCAGCAACAUCCGCGACCUGCUCGAGUCGGGCCAGUCGCUGCUGCUGCUCGGCAAGCCCGGCGUUGGCAAGACCACUGCCAUCCGGGAAAUCGCAAGGUACGGUGGGGGAGAAAUGAAUGGGUGCUGCUGGUCUGGUCUGCCUGCACUUGAUGGUUGGUUGGGUGAGUGUGUGCCUCAUGUCGGUGUGUAUGUGUGUCCUUCCUUCAGGGUGCUGUCCGACGAGAUAGGGAAGCGUGUGGUGAUCAUCGACACGUCAAAUGAGAUAGCCGGCGACGGCGACGUCCCGCACCCUGGCAUCGGACGGGCCAGACGCAUGCAGGUACACACACACACAGACGGCACAGCCACACGCAUCCCAUCACUCUCUCUCCGACCCCUAUAUCCAUCCAUUCAUCCAUCUGUGUGUGUGUGUGUGACAGGUGCGCAAGGUCGAGUGUCAGCACCAGGUCAUGAUUGAGGCCGUUGAGAACCACAUGCCCGAAGUCGUCAUCAUUGACGAGAUCGGCACCGAGCUCGAGGCAUCUGCCGCCCAGACCAUCGCACAGCGGGGCGUUCAGCUGGUGGGGACGGCCCACGGCAACAACCUCGAGGGGCUCAUCAAGAACCCCACGCUCGUCGACCUCCUCGGCGGCAUCGAGGCCGUCACACUCGUGAGGCCAGCUGGGAGAGAGGGAGAGAGAUGGGCAGACUCGCGAGGAGGCGUAUGGCGUUGCGUGUGUGUGUUUGUGUGUGUGUAGGGUGAUGAGGAGGCCAAGAGGCGUCAGACGCAGAAGAGCAUUCUUGAGAGGAGAGGACCGCCCGCAUUCCAGGUGCGUGAGGACAGACAGACAGACAGACUCGGCCCGAACAAUGAAGUGAACGCCUCCACUGGUGGUCAUCAAUCCGUUCAUUCAGAUCUGCAUAGAGAUCAACAACCGCAACUCCUGGGUGGUCCACGAGGCCGUCGACCAGGCCGUCGAUCUCCUGCUCCAGGGGAUGCAGCCGACCGUCCAGGUCAACACGGAACCACAGCACCACAGCUGUAUACAUAAUGCACCUUCCUCUGUCUUGUCUGGCUCCACGCUUGUGUGCUUCAUUCAGGUCCGGGCGACCACCAAAAACGGCGAGACCCUCAUCACAUACAGGCUGUCAGGGGAGGGGACCGCUGGCGGUUUCCAGACAAAGUGGGCUGAGAACCGCGAGAAGCAGUACUCCUCGCUCAAGGCGGCCGUCCGCCCCCCGCCCCAGGCCUCCCCACUCGCCACCGCCAGCACCAGCGCGGCGCCCAAGUACCGGCCCCCCGUGCAGCAGGUGCCUCUCUACGACGAUGGCGAUGAAGAUGACUACAUGGACGAUGAGCAUGGCUACGGCAGCGGACGGAGGUACAUGGCGCAGAGCAACGUCCAGUACGGAAGGUGACUGAGUGCUGUAAACCGGAGGGGGACAAGCGGGGGAAGAAAGAAGUAUCUUCUAUGUGUGUGUCGGUCGGUCUUGUGUAUGUGUGUAGGUCGAGGAUUGCUCGUUCGGUGUCGGCGAGUUGGGACGAUGGCGCACGGUCUGCGAAAGUGAAGCUUUCCGAGACGCGGGAGCGGGACCUCGGCAAUGGCGCGGUGCCGUCCGGCGACAACGUCCUGCAGGUCUACUCGCUCGGCCUCUCUGAGUCGCGCCUCGACCGUGCCUUGAGGUCCCUGGGAGCUGCUGCGGUAAGCGAUGGGGAGAGGGAAACAUGGAAUGACAUGGCUGCUGGAUUCGUUCGUGUAUUGCCUUCUGAGCUCAGGAGGUGCAAGAUCUGAAGGAUGCGCACAUUGUGCUGGCUCGCAAGUCGGCUCUUCCGCGGUUCCCCUCGCUGAGAGAAGUCGCCAAAGACAAACGAGUGAGCCAGCCAUGUGGUGGCCGGUGUACGGUAGAUCAGAUCCGCAUGUGUGUGUUGUGCGCUGCAUAUUUAUGUGGUGUGUGUGUGUCUGUCAGAUUCCCAUCUUCACUGUGCAGAGCGACACGGUGCCCCAGCUGACGCGGACACUCAAGCGUGCAUUGCAGGUGGGAUGGGAAGCACUCAUGAGACACACCACACCAGACAGUGCAUAGCAUAUUCUGCCUUCCUUGUGCUUGUCUUCUGGCUGGCUGCAGGAGCGGUCCCACUGAUGUAUGCGACGCAUACCAACUACGAGUGUGAUGUGUAAACGGUUUGUGUUGGGGCCAUAUUUGUUUGUAUCAUCUCCUCGUGUCGUCUCUCAUGGGGAAUUCGACAUAUCGUGUGCAUCACCAUCUGUCGGCGUCUCGCUCUUUCCUUUGGUUCUCCUGCAUCCGCGCGACGUCGAGAGCGCCUGCCAAGGACGGCAGCUGCUCUCAGCGUUGCGGAGGGGCGGACACAGCCAGGGGAGGACAGAUGCCCAGACAGAGACUGCGAUGGGUGAACGGUAAUCACAGGUGUGUUAGUCAGUGUCUUGACCCCUUUUGGCCUUGGCUCGGUGGCUGUCGGGGCAGUGCAGUGACUAUGUAUGCUUCAAGCGCAGAUUUUCCCCUCUCUGCAAUACAUACACGUCUUGUCUUGCCUUGCCUUGCCUUGGCUGCCCGUGGUGCUGCUUGAUGCGAUGCCACCCAUGGCUGCCUCCAUGCGUAUGGUGUGUUGCGUAACCACCAAUGGGCCAUUUUUCCGUCGGAUGGGAUGCCAGCAGACAGACAGACAGACAGACAGCCAGACAGUUUUGUUGUGCCUAUGCAUUGCAACACGAUUUUGCCCACAUUGAUCGAUGGAGAGAGGGGAGAGAAGGAGAGGCCACAACUCAGUCUUACCGAGUGUAUACGGCCGGCCGACCGGCCAGCAGUAUGUGUGUGUGUGUGUGUGUGUCCACAUCCAUCCACAGCCACACACACGCGUCCAUCCAUCCAUCUCUUUGUUUGUAUGUAUCUAGGUGGGUAUUUCUGUGUAUGAGUGAGUGUAUGAGUGUCCCAUGCCAUGCACACCUGUGUGCAUGUCAUGUGUCUGUCUGUGUAGUUGGGUGUGUACUAUAUGUAGCAAAGUUGGGAGGGUGUGCUGUACAGCCAGCAGCUGCUGUGAGUGAGUGAUGUGACUGACAACCGGGGGUGUCAUAGAGCAUGGACCCAAGACGGCAAGAAUUUAUCCGUGAGCGUUGGUUGCAACAGACGAACAUCGUCCCA